AUGGAGCUCUGUACUCGAACCGUCACAAAUUCUCUCCUUUUCAACCCUUCUUUCUCCUUUUCUUCUUCAAAUUCUCUUCUUCUUCGUUUCAGCACUUGUCUUAAACCCUUCAAAUUCAACCUCUCAUCUUUCACUUCUCACAUUCAACAAACCUCUCUCUAUCAUCACACUUCUUCGCCUUUCACUGUCUCAGCUUCUUCCUCUUCAGCCUCACUUGAAUUCGAAAAUGACCGUCUUCUUGCUGAAUUGAAGGUCACACAAACAGAGGAAGCUAAUUCCAGAGUUAGAUUGCAUGUGGAGGUGCCACCAUUGAUAUGCAAGAAUUGUUACAAAAGGGUCCUAGUGGAGUUUACGAAGCAUGCAAAGGUACCUGGAGUUCGUCCUGGACGAAAGGUCCCGGAAAAUAUUCUUAUUGGUUAUGUGGGGAGAAGAAAUGUUCAAAAGGCUACAAUUGAAGCUAUAUUGAGGAUGACACUUUCACACGCUGUAACAUCGGUUACUGGAAGGGCUUUGCAGGACUCUGUAGGUAUAGUCACUAAAUUUUCUGAGAUGGAGGAGACAUAUUCUUCUCUCGGAUUUCUUAGAUACGAAGUCAUGGUUGAUGUUGCACCGGAAAUUAAAUGGAUUUCUGAAGAUGCAUACAAAAAUGUGAAGGUUGUUGUUGAGAUAGACAGUGAUAUAGAUGCUCACAUAGCAUCUGAAAGAGAAUUUAAAAGGUGUUACAAGUCUACCGGUGUACUGAAAGUUGUUACUGAUAGAGGGCUACAGGUUGGUGAUGUUGCUGUACUUGACAUCUCGGCAACAACCGUUGAUAAGGAUGAAACGAAUAUCAAAAGUAUUCCAUCUGCUGAAACUAAAGGAUAUAAUUUUGAUACAGAGGAUGGUGAACUAUUAGUUCCAGGUUUUCUUGAUUCUUUAAUUGGAAUUGGCCGAGGCGAAACAAAGUCAUUUCCCCUUGUUUUUCCUGAAACUUGGAAGCAACAAGAUCUCCAGGGUGUCCAUGCUCAGUUUACAGUUGAGUGCAAAGAACUUUUUUACAGAGAUUUACCAGAGCUGGAUGAUUCUAUUGCGGAUAAACUUAUCUCCGGAUGCACGACAGUGGAACAGGUCAAAGAAUUACUGUUACAGAGAUGUCAAGAGAUAGAACAAACAGCUAGGGAACAAGCAACUGAUAAUGCUAUAUUAAAACAGAUUUCUAAGAUAGUAGAAGUUGAUAUACCUCGAUCCUUGUUUGAGGAACAAGGUAGACAGUUUUAUGGAGCCAACCUAUUAGAAAUGCAGACAAAAAUAAAACUAACUGAGCAGCAGCUAGCUUCUCUAUCAAGUCCAAAGGCUGUGAACGAAUAUCUCGAGCAUCAUAGAGAAAAUAUAACAAAUUUGAUCAAACAGAGCUGGCA